AUGAUUUUCUCCACUGAACAAAUGGAAGACCUUCGAAUGAUAGCAGCUCAAAGAGAAGCGGUAGAAGGAUCAGCGACCUGUGUAUCCUGUGGCUUUGAAAAUUUUGCAAGUUUGGUGUACUGUGCCUUAUGUGGAUUACCGAGUUCUUUCACUUCAAACCUCAUGGCUACGGCCUCGCCUCAAGAUGAUACUUUGGGUCACGAUAAUCCAUUGUCUUGUGUAAUGAAGCGUCAGGAAUGGACACGGGAAAUUGAUGCAAAUUGCAAGAUGGUUUGGCGUCGUAAAGUAGAAGAGAGUGAACAUUCGACAACUUACGUGCUGCGAUUCUACUUGUCCCCAGAAUUUGAGCCAGAACCGGAUCGUGAAGCGUCGAAGCAGAGAGAACGAAGUCUUAGCUCAGGUUAUGAUCCCUGUGCUGGUAUACGGUUUGAAUUACUGGAACCACAUGAUACUGAAUCCACACUAUUCCCCUUGCCGGCUAUGCAUCCAGCUGAUUUGCCGGACACAAUGGAAGAUUUGAGGCAGAUAGCAAUGGAAUUAGCUACUCAGGAUUUAUCGAGAAAGUAUGCGCACUUCAUUGCUAGUGCUACUUCGCUCUUGCAAGUAAAGGAUCGGCCUCUACUCUCUAAAUUGACGGUCAGUCGUGACAAUAUUUUCGAACAAUCCAUACAACAUAUCAUUGGCAUUUCGCAUGAUAGUAUCCGGUCGGUGUGCCUUCAAGUAAAUUUUAAUGAGCAAGAAAAUUUGUGGAGUGAUAAAAAAUAUACCGGCAGUCUGCAUCGUGAAUGGCUGACGUUAUUGAGCGAAAAGUUACUUGAUUCAAGUGUCGGACUUUUCUAUCGCACACAAAUCAGCAAUCCUACAUUCUUUAUCAAUUCGCAGUCGGAACGUGUGCUUGGAGUGGAUCACUUGCAAUAUUUUCAAGCCACUGGGAGGCUUGUUGGGCGAGCGCUUUUAGAUGGCGCAGUGCUCAACUUUCACUUGUGUUCGCCACUGCUAAAAAUGAUGUUGGGAGUUCCAAUUGCUUUUAAUGAUUUGGAAUGUUUAGAUCCUGACAUGUUCCGUCAAUUGACACGACUGCUCGACAAUGAUGGUGCUGAAUUGCUGGAACUUGAUUUUACUGUGACACAUCAUCAUUGCAAUCAAACUCGAGUUGUUGAACUCAUUCCUACGGGAAGAAAUAUACAAGUAAAUGACGACAACAAAUUCGAGUUUGCGGACCGUAAGUUUCGCUAUCUGAUGUUUGAAUCAGUGGCUCCACAAUUAGCAUCAUUUCUCAAGGGUUUUUACGAACUUGUUCCCCAGCGAAUGUUGCUACCUUUCGACCACGAGGAAUUGGACUAUUUACUCUGUGGUUCCGAUGAGAUCAACGUUCAAGACUGGCAAUUUCAAACUCACCUGGCACUGGAAGUCCGGCGGGAAGUGACGUGGUUCUGGGACGUCGUGAAGGAGAUGUCACGUGUGUAUCAAUUAAGAUUACUGCAGUUUGCAACGGGCUACUUGCGCGUUCCAUUAGUAGGCUUUCAAGGCUUGAGAGAUUACAAUGGUCAGGUCUGCAAGUUUACAUUGACUGAUGCAAGUAACAAUGCUACUUUUCGAGCUCACGCGCACUACAACACACUUGAAUUGCCGUAUUUUAAAACCAAAGAUAAUUUGCGCAUGACACUCUAUGCUGCCUUAUACGACGAGAAAAAUAUUCACGAAAGCAAAGUUCUGUAG